AUGGAUCCACUGGCAGCGUCCAUCCAAGGGCAUCACCUCCCGCCGCCCUUCCACACCAGAGAAUUCCACAACCACCACCAUCUGCACCAUCAUCCCCAGCUCCACCAGCAGCCCAUAUCGGAGCACGAGCCCAGAGGCCGGAAGAGGGAGUACGAUGAUAACAACGCCGCCAACGGGAACAACAGCAGCGACAACAGUAACAACAGCGGCGGAGAGAGCAAGGAGAUAGUUCCUACUUCCGGCUCGGCCUCCGCCAUCCUGGACCAGAUGAAUCGCCGCCCACGCGGGCGGCCUGCUGGUUCUAAGAACAAGCCAAAGCCGCCUAUCAUCAUCACGCGCGACAGCGCGAACGCACUGCGAACCCACGUCAUGGAGAUCGCCAGUGGGUGCGACAUCUGCGAGAGCAUCUCCACCUUCGCCCGUCGCCGCCAGAGAGGCGUCUGCAUCCUCAGCGGCAACGGCACGGUGACCAACGUCAACCUUCGUCAGCCCGCUGCCAUGGGGACCGUGGUCGGCCUCCAAGGCCGCUUUGAAAUCCUAUCCCUAUCCGGAUCCUUUCUGCCACCGCCAGCACCUCCUGCCGCCAGUGGGCUCACCGUCUAUCUGGCCGGAGGGCAGGGCCAGGUCGUGGGAGGAAGUGCUGUGGGAGCUCUGAUAGCAUUUGGGCCUGUGGUUAUAAUGGCUGCGUCGUUCGGCAACGCGGCGUAUGAGAGGCUUCCCCUCGACGAAGAGGAGACCAUACCGUUGCCUCUUGGGCCGCCCCUCUCACACCAGUUGCUGCCCCCGGAGCAACAGCACUUGCCGGACUCAAACGGGCAGCUGCUUCAGAGUCUCCCGCCAAAUCUUCUCAAUAGCGUUCAACUGUCUCCGGAGGCUUACGGCUGGGCAUCUGGUGGCGGCCGGACGUCCUACUAA